CCUAAAUCAUAGAUUAUGUCGUGUUUGGUCUGACAGAAUUAGCAACAGUCGCCCAUAACCCAAAAUGAAUCCUAGCUUUUCCCGAAAAAAGAGAGGUGGAUACCGCUCAGGCCACGAACCCUACACGAAGUCAUGGACUUGGUGCCCGAGAAGGUGGUGUGUCAUAUACCGAAUCGUCGUCGUUUUCUUGUGCACGAGUACCAACGGUGGGGGCCGCAACCGGACGCCUGCUUGGCAAGGACAGCGAUGACAGUGAAGCUGACGGGAUUGUCCCCCCUAGCUGGAAGAUCGUGCCAUAGGAUUCCGAAUCUUGACUGCGGCGGCGCAAAUAGAUUGUAGAUGCCGGCGUAAUCGGACGGUCAGAAUUGAUGUGGAAAGCCGAAUGUUGAAUCUCCCUCACUCGCUCCUCCGCGAUCCGCACCCUCUCCUCGGCCAGUUGCACUUGCUCCUCUGCCUCUCGGACCUUCUCCUCUGCCUCCCGCACUCGCUCGUCUGCCUCCCACAUGUACUCCUCCGCCUGCCGCUCCACCUCUCGCAUCCUCUCUUCGGCAGCCUGUUCAGCAGACGAAACCCGCUCUUCGGCUUGACGCAUCACCUCCCGCGCUCUCUCUUCGGCUUCGUGGAUGCGCGCCUGUGCCUGCUGCAACCACUGCCGAAUACUCAUCGCUUGCCGGUAUGGAGGUAAUACGGUGCUCCUUGGAAGUCCCGUCUUCGCACGCGCUACGUGAAACGCAUCAUGCAGGCUCGCAUCAAAGGAAUACCGCCUCU